CAGUGUGGCCCCGCGGAUGGAGCUGCGCGUGCGCAGGAAGCAGGAGGAACCGAGCUGACCGGACCGGAGCUGAAGCUAAAAUGAUGCGCCUGCUCUUCCGCUCGGCUCGUUUCCUCCGCCCUCAGCCUCCACACCCCCGGGAGAGUUUCUCCAGAACCAUGUUGCAUUACCUGAGAGAGGAGCGCGGCCGCGCGAACUCACCUGAAUACCGCAUUUAUUUUAAAACCUCACAUGGCAAAUACAUUUCUCCGUUCCAUGACAUCCCCCUCUACGCCCCUGAUCCACAGGUGGGUUCUGUGAUCAACAGUGAUGCAGUAAAACCAGUGAAGGACAAUGUGCCAACAAAGAAACAGAAAUGUUCUGACAGUGAGAUCAUCUUCAACAUGGUCGUAGAGGUUCCUCGCUGGUCCAAUGCCAAGAUGGAGAUCGCCACGAAGGAAGUGCUGAACCCCAUAAAACAGGACGUGAAGAAAGGCAAACUGCGAUAUGUGGCUAACAUUUUCCCACAUAAAGGCUACAUCUGGAACUACGGAGCUCUGCCACAGACUUGGGAGGAUCCCAAUCACACAGAUAAAGACACCAACUGCUGUGGAGACAAUGACCCAUUAGACGUGUGUGACAUCGGGACCAAGGUGUGCUCCUCUGGUCAGGUGAUCCAGGUAAAGGUGCUGGGGAUUCUGGCUCUGAUUGACGAAGGAGAAACCGAUUGGAAAGUCAUCGCCAUCAACACUGACGAUCCUGAUGCUAAUAAACUCCACAGUAUAGAGGACGUACGUGUGAACAGACCCGGCCAUCUGGAGGCAACAGUGGAAUGGUUUCGAAAUUAUAAAAUACCUGACGGGAAACCAGAGAACCAGUUUGCCUUCAACGCACAGUUUAAGGAUAAGGACUUUUCUAUAGAGGUGAUUAAGUCCAUGCACAGCUGUUGGAAAGCUCUGGUGCAGAAGCAGACGAGGUGUGGAGAGAUCGUGUGUCAGAACUCAUCGGUGUGUGAGAGCCCGUUUCAGUGCAGUGACAGCGACGCUGCUGCUGUCGUGAGAGCGGCUCCAGAGUACGGAGAGGCUUUACCACUUCCUGCAGAAGGUGCCAAGAGCUAGGCCCGCGCAACGCAAAGUCAGUGAGGGAUGACGCCUCGGCCACGCAGCAGAAAGACCCUGACCCCUAUGAGCUAAUGGUGAUGGCGGCAGAGCCAGUGGCACCUGAGGCAUCGGAGCGCAACGAGAACGCUCUGCUACUUCUCUCACUCCAACCACUCCUCACUUCCUUUCCUGAGCACCAGAACACUAUCCCCUUUUACUUUCACUUCUGGUCCCAAAUAAAGACACUCUUAACCCCAA